CUGUCUCCUCUACUCCACUACUGUCGCAGAAUAUUGUUCCAUUAAUUGGAUAGAGUCAGAAUUCGUAAGCUUUCGGACAGGUGUUUAGCUUCCCCUCUAUCGUUCUCGCUAGUGGUCUAGGCUUUCGCGGAAGGACUCUGCUUCUUCUUGGACUCCCAGUUGCGUUGUUGGGUUGCUUGUUACUGUGUCAAUUUCGGUUGCUAUGGCGAUUAGGCUGGAAGUAUUGGCGGGUUUAGCGUUCUUGUUUUCAGUCGGUUUUCUCCUCCAGAUUCUGGGAUGUGCUUUAUACAAUAACUGGUGGCCGAUGCUCACUGGCCUAAUGUACAUAAUGCUUCCGAUGCCUUGCUUGUUUUUUGGUGGUGGUGGGCAGUCGUUUAUAUCCUCAGAAGGGAAUGAUUGGGCAGAUGCCGCUAAGUUUCUUACUGGAUUUUCAUCUGUUGGAAGCAUAGCUAUCCCUGCUAUUUUACGGCAUGCUGACCUCAUCACGGGGGGUGCUAUGUGGAUUGAAUUCACUGCAUUCUUCAUUCUUUUAAGCACUGUGUUGAUUUUUCAACACGUGAGUCAAGAAGAUUAUUACUGAUUCCUGGCUGAGGAGCACAGCUCAGUCAUUUUCCAUAGCCCUCUUACUGUUCAUGAAGAUCAUAAAAUUGUUGAUUGGGUCAACAUUUGUUUAGAUAUUUCGUCACAGACUUCAUCAACCGUUUUCGGUUUGGAUAGUGGGUUUGUUUUAUGCUGUACAAAAUAAAUUUCCUACGAUGAAAGAAUUUCAUCAAGCAUUCUUGAAACCAUGUAAGUAAACAGCGCCUACAAUGGUUUCAUGUUAUAUAUACAGUGUUCUUGUUGGGCUUUUCAA